AUGGCCCUUGCAGCUGAGUACUUUUCACACGCCUUAAGCCAACCUUACGGCAGCAGCUUCUGGGUGGCUGUGGCUGCAUCCUUGGUGUUUAUAUGUUACAUAACAUGCGAUACUGUCUAUAACUUAUGCCUUUCUCCAUUGUCAUCUUUCCCUGGACCUAGACUCUGGGCUGUGUCCAAUAUUCCUCGUCAGCUAAGCAUCUUGGGAGGCCGUAGCCAUUUGAAAAUGCUGGCCCUUCAUCAUCGCUACGGCCCUGUUGUGCGAGUUGGUCCCAGUGAGCUCUCGUUCAACAGCCCCCAAGGCUUUCGAGACAUUUAUGGGUUCCGUCGUGGACAACCACAGUUUCAAAAGGAUCCUAAGAUGUAUGGCUCGCCGUUGACCGGAAUUAGUAACAGCAUUGGCGGGCAUGUCGAUAGCGACACUCACUCCAGACACAGGCGAUUGCUAUCCCAUUCCUUCUCCGAGCGGAGUCUACGUGAACAAGAAGGGAUAGUCGUAUAUUACGUCGAUCUUUUUAUUCAACGACUGAGAGAGAGAACUAGUGUCAAUAAGAUACAUAGAGCAGAAGAGGAUCUCAAAAGCUGGUUCAAUUUCACCACCUUUGAUAUUAUCGGUGAUCUUAUGUUCGCAGAGACCUUCGACUGUCUCAAGGACAGUCAACUGCAUCCGUGGAUCGCUCUCAUGUUCAACAACGUGAAGGGUAUCGCGUUUCUUGGAGUAUUGAACGAAUAUUCACUGUUUAGGAAAAUGCAAGGGGCUCUCUUACCAAAAGCUCUGAAACAGAAAAUGCUGGAGAACCAUAAGCUUUGUGCCCAAAAAGCAGACCGCCGGCUUCAGAAAGGAGCCUCUCGCCCAGACUUUGUAUCCAUGCAAACUCAAUCUUGUAAGCACAUGGGUCCAUUGCUAUUCUUCUUUUUCAUGGCAGCUAACACAGACAGUAUUACCAUCGCAGGGAGCGAGACCACGGCGUCGCUACUAUCUGGAUGUCUCUUCUAUCUGUGUAAACAUAAGUAUAUCAUGGACCAACUCAACAAAGAAAUCCGGACCACAUUCUCUAAGGACGAGGAAAUCACGUCGUCUAAAUGCUUCAACCUUAGUUACCUCAACGCAGUCCUUAAAGAAUCACUCCGUCUGUAUCCACCAGUGGCGGCAAGCCUUCUACGACUAGUCCCUAAGGGUGGAUGUACAAUUGACGGCCACUUCGUUCCAGAAGAUGUAACCGUUUCCACUCACCAUUAUGCAUCAUACCGUGAUGCAGCGAACUUCACGUUCCCAGAGCAAUUCAUUCCCGAGCGAUGGCUGGGAACCGACAAUAGGUUUGACUCUGACAGAAAAGAUGUGGUGCAGCCAUUUAGUUUGGGCCCCAGAGACUGCUUGGGAAAAAACUUGGCACACAUGGAGAUGCGUUUGAUAUUGUCUAAAUUGCUGUUCAAUUUCGACAUACACCUCACUCCCGAGAGUGAGAAUUGGGGUCAGCAGAAGAUGUUUAUCGUAUGGGAUAAACCGGCACUGAUGGUUAGAUUGACUGACAGAUUUGCAUGA